CUCAGCAUGCAGGCGCUUUCAGUCAGACUUACUCCAGUCUCCGGAUCACCAACAGGAGCGAGAAUUCAAUUGGAAAAGAAAAUCUUCAAUCAUAAAUAGAGCAACAAAACAAAACAAAAAAAGUGAUCGGACUUUAUCUGAUUGGAUCAGAGAGAAUCUGCACCACCGCAAGCUUUCUUUCUUUCUUUCUUUCUUUCUUUCUUUCUUUCUUUCUUUCUUUCUUUCUUUCUAAUUCAUAUUAAACGCGGUUGGAUGCACUUUGGUUCUGGCGAAGUCUGCCGGCUGUAAUGGACCGGCCCGGGAGCUGAACGGUGGGCUUGGUGGGGCUGCCAGAUGCGCAUGAAGAGGUCUGAUCCCAAAGGUUGUGGGGUAAAAUAGGGCGAAGACUGCCUCAUGUGUUGGGAUUCCUCUGUGCUCUGGUCCCCACCGACCCCCAUCUUCCCAGCAUCGGUGGGAUGUCCCAGGUGUGUCUCCUCUUGGCCUUGCUUACGCUCUCCAGCUGCACUAAGGGGUCCUUUGCUAACUCUCUGGAUCUUGUGAAGGAGAAGUGGAGCAGCUAUAAGGACCAGUGCUUGGACUUUAUCAAUUCCACACCCCCUGCCACAGGGUUGGUGUGUAACAGAACCUUUGAUCUGUAUGCUUGCUGGCCUGAUGGACUUCCAGGUACCACUGUCAAUGUCUCCUGCCCAUGGUUCCUGCCGUGGUAUCGUAAAGUUCAGCGGGGUCUGGUCUACAGGGUCUGCAACGAAGAUGGUAAAUGGGGACAAAGGAAUACCAGUGAGUGUGAGGACGAUCUUGGUGAGCAGCAUUACGGUCGCAUUCUCAGCAACCUGCGUAUCAUGUACACAGUGGGCUACUCUCUUUCACUCGGAGCCCUGCUCCUGGCCCUGGGGAUUCUCAUCAGCUUCAGGAAGCUUCAUUGCAUGAGGAACAACAUCCACAUGAACUUGUUUGCCUCAUUCAUCCUGAGAGCUGUUUCCAUUCUGGUCAAAGACGCUCUGUUGAAUCUCACUCUCGACCCAAAGAGUGACAGUAAUGGCCAGACACAGGCUUGGGUCAACAUACCAGCUGUGAUGUGGUGCCGAGGUGCCAUGGUGAUGAUGCAGUACAGCGUGAUGGCCAACAACUACUGGCUGCUGGUGGAAGGCAUCUACUUGCACAGCCUCCUCGUCAUCACAGUUUUCAGCGAGAAGAAAUAUUUCUACAUUUACCUGGCUAUCGGAUGGGGUGCACCUCUCAUAUUUGUGUUGCCAUGGAUCACAGUGAAAUAUCUCUAUGAGAAUGAAGAGUGCUGGGAGAGGAAUAUUAACAUGGGAUAUUGGUGGAUUAUUCGUUCUCCCAUAUUGUUUGCUUAUCUGAUUAAUUUCUUCAUCUUCAUCCGAAUAAUUAAAAUCCUGAUGUCUAAACUUAGAGCCCACCAAAUGAGAUACACUGACUACAAAUUCAGGCUGGCAAAAUCCACGCUGACUCUCAUCCCGCUGCUUGGCAUUCACGCCAUUCUCUUCACCUUCGUCAUUGAUGAGUCUGUCCCGAAGGGCUCCAUGCUUCGCCUCGUUCGCCUUUUCUGUGACCUCCUGUUCAACUCCUUCCAGGGCCUACUGGUUGCCAUCCUGUAUUGCUUCGUCAAUAAAGAGGUGCAGUCUGAGAUGCUGAAAAAGUGGAAGAGGUGGAAACUGGGAAAGGACAUUGAUGAGGAAUACCGCCACACUCACAGCCAGACCCCGCACAUUAAGAGCGGCAGCAUCGCUACCGGAAACCUCCCUGACCUCCAGGAUAACACCAGCGACCCAAGCAAUGACUCGCCACGCAUCAAGAAGGCAGCUGGCCAACGGUCCUGCUCAGCUGUGCCUGAGGAGAACCGCAGACUGGUGGUCUCCUACAGCAAUGGGACGGGCAAGUGCCGAUCCGCCAAAAGUAGACAAACCCUGCAGUUCACCGUCCCACAUCAGAGAGGCACCACCAGCAGGACCAGCACCACAAUACAGGACAUCUGUUUGGAGGAGCGGGUGCAAUACCGCUCAUACCCACAGGAAGGAGACAAAACUUGUGUCUAAAGAUAACACAAUUUUUUUACCACUAAAACUCAUUUAAAGAUCGGGCACCAAAAGAACAACCUAAGUGGCAAACGUACACAAGAACACCCUGUGUAGAUCAUCAUGUUCACUGUUAAAACGAAGAAAGGAAGGCCAUUAUAAGCUUCCCACAUUUAAUGUAAUAUUUAUUAUUUUUGGAAGACAGUAAGAAUGAGUUAACAAUUUAAAUUCAGUGUGCUUGUUUUAGCAUGUGUGUCUCAGUAAAUGCAUACAUUUUGGAGGCCCACCGUUUGAACAUCAAACCUAUGCUGCUGGUCAUCGUGGGGGAUGGGUUAGAUGUCUGUUUGCAGCAGUGGACACUUACUUUUGGUACUCAGCGGCUUUAUAAGCACAGACAGCAGCUAGCAUGACUCUAUUUUCUGUUCUCAGAGGCUAUAAGAACAACAAGACUGAGGUAUUCACUUGAGACAAAUGAAUUGUUGCACUUAAUGUUGAGAGUAAAAGCCUGUCACACUGUGGGAACUUCACUGAAGAUGGGAUCUUUCAUUUUUCAAAAGACCUUGUGAUUGUGUUCAAAUAACGGUGGUUUAAAGUAACCGAUGCCAAAUAGAAAAUGGAAUAUAAAUAAAAAUAUCAAUAGAAAUAUAAGAAACAUUUUGAGGUUGGUAUUAAGUCAAAUUUGCAAGCCUUGCUUAUGUUUUUUAUAUUAAUAAAAACCUUGUAUCCAUUUUUACAAACAUGUUUGACUGAAUCUACAUGGAGAAAAACAGGUGACUUUAAAGUGGUUUGCAAUUGCAUACAUGUAAUUUGCUGUUCGUGAAAUUCAUAUAGUACGUACCAUAAAUUCCUGAUUUUCUAUGUGACCAAUCAGUGAUUUUCAGACAAAGAUUCACUCUCACUACUAAAGAAAACUCUUUCCUUUAAGAAAAUGUAUUUGGUGUAUCUUAUUAAAAUGAAUGUAUCUCUCCAUU